GCUUCAUGUUACCCGAGCGCUUUCGUGGGAAUCUCGUCCAGGAGCAUAGGGACAUUUUAUUCUUCUAUUUCGAAUCUUAACUUCGUAUUGCGCAUCCAGUUAGUCUAGUCAGGUUUGACGCACAAUGUCGCCCUCUGUCUGUGUGGGUCCAAUUCCAAUCACUGCAUGCCACUACUGGCCGUGGCGUCUCCUGCCUGGAUGUAUAAGCGGCGUAAAGGUAAUCCGGGCUACAUGUGCUGCAGCCUACUGACUGUUUUCGGCGUAAAGCAUAUUUCUUAGCCUGAGAACAAAUAAGUCAAAGCCAGUCCUUUCUCUCCAUAUGAGCUACCCUCCUCAAAGUGCUUGCGACUUUCUUUCUUGAAGAUGCUCCUCUAUCUCUCUCUUCUUUUGGUCACCGUCAGCUACCUUGUAGUUGUGCGGCUUCUCAGAUAUCGGCGCAUUAGUGGACUACAACAGCAGCAUGGCGCAACAUACGUACAAUUUAAAGACCUAAAUUACCGCGAUGCUCAGUUUAUUCUUGGGCAAAUGGGCUUGUACGAGUGUCCUUGGGUCUUCCUUUCCGGGAAAGAUUUUGCAUUCCUCAGGGCCUUUGCGAUUCCAGGCAUCUCGAAGGUCUCGGUAGGGGCAAAAGAGAUGGUCGAUCGUGUCGGAAAACGCUACGCCGAUACCACUGUACUAGUCGGCGAAUUCUUGGUGAACGACAUUGAUAGCGAACGUGCAUGCGUUGCAAUCAACCGUAUGAACUGGAUUCAUUCUCGCUACGGAAAUCGCAUCAAGAUGGAUCAAAUGGUGUAUACACUCUGUUUACUGAUAUGCGAGGCUCUGCAAUGGAUCGACAAGUACGACUGGCGUAAGACGACUGCUCUUGAGAGACAUGCCUCCUGGGUGUUCUGGAACGAAGUAGGCACUCGUAUGGGCCUUACCGGAGUUCCAAAAAGCUUCGAGGAUUGUGCUACCUUCAUUCAAGAAUUCGAAUCGCGGAACAUGGCCCCUUCCGAUGACAACGCCUUGAUUGCGAAAGGUGUUUUCACUCUUUAUGCUUCAACAUUCCCGGCAUUUCUUGCUCCCGUUGUGCGAACCGUCCUAGUGGCCUUCAUGGAUUCGCGCUUAGCUGAUGCAUUCAAACUUUCAAGCCGCCCUACUGCUAUUAUUACAUACGGUCUUCGUUUCCUGUUAGCAUUACGCAAAUAUUUUGUGCGCUACCUGAUGCUACCACGAUACUCAACGCUCCAGGUGUUUGGUGCUGAGAAUGCGGCUGGAUAUCGGCCCAUGAUGUUUUGGGAGAUUGAGCCCUGGUAUGUCCCAUUGUCGGCGCGUUGCACUUGGCUAUACUCAGCAUACACUCACUUCUUCGGCCUUCCUCAGCCUGGUGAUGCAAAGUUCCGACCAGAAGGCUAUAAACUUCACGACAUUGGACCGAAGCAUCUCGAAGGGAAGGGCGGCGAAGAAGUGAUGUCUUUUUUGAGGAGUCAUGGUGGUGCCGCUUUUACCACAUUUGGUCAAUUUUCGAAUCAACUGUGUACUGAUGGAGAUGAAAUCACAAGUGACCCGCAAUUAAUGUGGGCCAGUUGCUGGGAUGCUGUACUUCAAGGUCUAAAUCAUAACUAUCAUGUGUCGUUUGUACAGUUUGCCGUUUAGAAAUCUACGAGGACAAUAUCUCUGAUUACGAGACACUAUGUUAGGAGCAUUUACAUACUUCCCAAGAUGAA